AUCCUAUCUUGAAUUUCGAAGCAUCGAUUCUCAUUCGGUAUCGAAUCAACAAGUGAUCCAAUAACACUUUUCCAAAUCAACCUGUCCGAUCUUUCUAACCAUUCUAAGUGGAUUCAUUUAAUUAUAUUUUAAUAUAAAAUUUAUAUGAAAAUUCUCGUGAUUCAGAAUCAUCGGAGGUGAUUAUCGAAGAAGAAGAAGAAGGAGAAGAAUCAAAGUGCUCGAUUGUAGUCAGAAUCACAAGUUCAUUCAUUUAAAGAAGAGAAGGAAGAUUAAAUUGGAAAGAAGCGACACAAUGAGAUUGCUAUUAUCCAUUUGUCUGGCGAUAUUAGCGUGUGGUUGGUCCGACUCUUUGCGAAUUCUUGCCCUAUUUCCAAUAACCGGAAAGAGCCACUGGUUAAUGGAGGAACGGCUGAUGGUAAAAUUGGCGGAACGAGGCCAUCACGUGGACAUUUACACCCAUUUCCCCAUAAAAAAUCCACCCAAGAAUUACAAUCAAUAUUCAUUGGAGGGAUCGUUACAAAUCGCGGUGAAUAAUAUUACCGCGGAUAAUGUAACAAACUUUGGUAACGUGAAUGUGGCAAUGAUGACCUAUUUAAUGGGCGAUCAAUUGUGCGAUUUAAUGAAACAUCCUCACUUUCAAAAUCUGAUAAAAAACCCUCCUGAGAAACCGUACGAUCUUAUCGCGACAGAGUUGUUCAUGUCACCAUGCUAUUUGGCAUUCGGCACUUAUCUAAAAACACCCGUGGUCGGUAUGAUAACUGCCAGUUUCUUAGACUGGGUAAGCCACAGAGUGGGAAAUCCGAUAAAUUUAGCUUUCACGCCCGGUAUAUUCUCUCCAUUCACAGAACGGAUGACCUUCUGGGAAAGAUUGCAGAAUACGUUCACAACCAACAUGAUCAUGCUGAACAUUGACUACUAUGUAAACAAGCAAAAAACUUACGUGAAACAAUAUUUGAAUAUAGACGCAGAGAUACCUGAAUUGUACAAAAAUCUCGCGCUCAUCCUUGUCAACUCUCAUCACAGUAUAAUAGGUGUCCGUACUGGUAGUACUGGUGUCAUCGAGGUUGGAGGAUUACACAUCAAAGAGAAUGGAGAUCCUUUGACACCGGAAAUGAAAAAAUGGUUGGACGAAAGUACGCACGGUUGCGUGUAUUUCACGUUCGGCUCGAUGGUGAGGAUCGAGACAUUCCCUAAAUCCUUGCUGGAAACAUUCUACAAAGUUUUCAAGAGGAUCGCGCCUGUUCGAGUAAUGAUGAAGGUCGCGAGAAAAGAGGAUCUACUCCCUGGACUGCCAAAGAACGUGAUGAUACAACCUUGGUAUCCCCAAGUAUCUGUUCUCAAACACGAAAAUCUCAAAGCGUUCAUCACGCAUGGAGGACUGAUGGGGACGCAAGAGGCGAUCUACUUCGGAAUCCCAUUGAUUGGAAUCCCACUUUUCGGCGAUCAAAGCUUGAAUCUUCAAAACAUGGGUAGGAAAAACGUAGCUGUGAAUCUUGGCUCGUUGCACAAUGUCACGGAAGAAAACUUGUACCAUGCGCUUAAAAAUGUUUUGCACGAUGAAAAGUACAAAUCGAAUAUGAAGAAAUUGUCGGAACUGUUCAAGGACAGACCCAUGACAGCCCUCGACACCGCUAUUUAUUGGGUAGAAUACGUGGCGAGACACGGAUACAUCCUGCAGUCAUCGGCCAUAGACCUCAACUUGUUUCAACAGUAUCUUUUAGACGUUUAUGGAUUCAUGCUUCUGUGCGUGGUGACAGCUCUCUAUCUCGUCAUUUUCUCGAUUCGGAAAGCGAAGAACUUUGUAUUCGGACAUAAAUCUUGUCCUUUCAAGAAAAAUCAAUCGAAAGAAGAAGAUUCGAAGAAGAAGAAGUGAAUUAAAUGUGUAUCUUAAGAAUGUAUAUUUUAUAUAUGAAUGUAUAUAAUGUUUUUACGUAUGAUUUCACUUUUUUACGUUUAUCUACAUAAAUAUAUUUACUUAUGUAAAUGAUAA